UUCUUCCUGCCUUGUUUUCGGCCUUUUUGCUCUCAGAGCCGCUGAUAGCAAGAUGUCUUCGGGAAAUGCCAAAAUUGGGCAUCCUGCCCCCAACUUCAUAGCCACGGCUGUUAUGCCAGAUGGCCAGUUCAAAGAUCUCAGCCUAUCUGACUACAAAGGAAAAUACAUUGUGUUCUUCUUUUACCCUCUUGACUUCACCUUUGUGUGCCCCACGGAGAUCAUUGCUUUCAGUGACAGGGCAGAAGAAUUUAAGAAACUCAACUGUCAAGUGAUUGGUGCUUCUGUGGAUUCUCACUUCUGUCACCUGGCGUGGAUCAACACACCCAAGAACCAAGGAGGAUUGGGACCCCUGAACAUUCCCUUGGUAUCAGACCCCAAGCGUACCAUUGCUCAGGACUAUGGGGUCUUAAAGGCUGAUGAAGGCAUCUCCUUCAGGGGCCUCUUUAUCAUUGAUGACAAAGGUAUCCUUAGGCAGAUCACGGUAAAUGACCUUCCUGUAGGCCGCUCUGUGGAUGAGACUCGGCGACUGGUUCAGGCCUUCCAGUUUACUGACAAGCAUGGGGAACUGUGCCCAGCUGGCUGGAAGCCUGGCAGUGAUACCAUCAAGCCUGAUGUCCAGAAGAGCAAAGAAUACUUCUCUAAGCAGAAGUGA